UCCACACCCUUGCACUGCUCGGCUGUUUGUGUGUGCUGUUUCUUUUGUUGUCCUGCUUUGGGGCUUUUCCUGUUCAGCGAGGGAAGUGCUGUUCACACCCAUCUGUUGACUCAUCUGGCAGCGCUUCGUCGGACUCUGCGUGGACCUCUGAUCAGUACGCAGAGCCCUCAACGUGCCGGAUUAUUUCAUUUUUUGAGAAAAGCGCAAGGAGAACGAGGAGAAUGGAGCACGCCUUGGACUAUGAGUACGACUACGAUGAAGCCAGCGAGAACGGCACCAUGUGCGACUACCCGGAGUGGGAGCCCACCUACUCCCUCAUCCCCGUCUUCUACAUGCUCAUCUUCAUCCUGGGCCUGUCGGGCAACGGCGUGGUCAUCUUCACCGUGUGGAAGUCCAAGUCGAAGCGCCGGGCGGCCGACGUCUACAUCGGGAACCUGGCCCUGGCCGACCUGACCUUCGUGGUCACCCUGCCGCUGUGGGCGGUCUACACGGCGCUGGGCUACCACUGGCCCUUCGGGGCCACCCUGUGCAAGCUCAGCAGCUACGUGGUGCUGGUCAACAUGUACGCCAGCGUCUUCUGCCUCACCUGCCUGAGCUACGACCGCUACCUGGCCAUCGUGCACUCGCUGUCCAGCGGCCGGCUGCGCUCCCGCGGCGCCAUGCUGGCCUCGCUGGCCUCGAUCUGGACUCUGUCGGCCGUGCUGUCGCUGCCCACGCUGGUGUUCCGCAACACGGUGCAGGACGAGUUCAACCGCACCGCCUGCGCCAUGGACUUCCAACUGGUGACGCAGAAGCAGGAGGGGCUGUGGAUCGCCGGCCUCAGCCUGUCCUCCUCCGUGCUGGGCUUCCUGCUGCCCUUCCUGGCCAUGACCAUCUGCUACUGCUUCAUCGGCUGCACCGUGACGCGCCACUUCAACUCCCUGCGCAAGGAGGACCAGAAGAAGCGCAGGCUCCUCAAGAUCAUCACCACCCUGGUGGUGGUGUUCGCCAUCUGCUGGACGCCCUUCCACCUGCUGAAGAGCCUGGACGCCCUGUCCUACCUGGACCUGGCGCCCAGCACCUGCUCCGUGCUCAACUUUCUGCUGCUGGCCCACCCCUACGUCACCUGCCUGGGGUACGUCAACAGCUGCCUCAACCCCUUCCUGUACGCCUUCUUCGACCUGCGCUUCCGCUCGCAGUGCCUCUGCCUGCUCAACCUGAAGAAGGCGGUGCACGGGCACGUGGCCUCGCUCGCCACACAGAAGUCCGAGGCGCAGUCGGUGGGCGUGAAGGUGUGACGGA